UGUCAAAACACAAACACGUGUUUCACUGACUCUUCAACGCAUUCAUUGAUUGUCUUUUAAUCACUCGUUGUUUACUGCAAUUGAAUUGAUUUGUUGUUUGAAUUGAAUUACAAGUGAUUUACAAAUAAUGGCAAAGAGUUUGAGGAGUAAAUGGAAACGAAAGAUGAAAGCAAUAAAGAGAGUGAGAUAUUCGGACAAAGAGCUGAUCCGAUUGAAGACUAUGAUCGAUAAAAGCCAACAAAAGGACACCAAUAAUGAUAAAGACAAAGACAUAAGUUUGAGGAGUAAAUGGAAACGAAAGAUGAAAGCAAUAAAGAGAGUGAGAUAUUCGGACAAAGAGCUGAUCCGAUUGAAGACUAUGAUCGAUAAAAGCCAACAAAAGGACACCAAUAAUGAUAAAGACAAAGACAUAGUAAUGAAGAGCAUUGGCAGUGAGAAGGAGGUGAAGGAGGCACUGCUGGUGGACACGAUGGAGACAACUGGCAGUGAGUCGGUGGUGACCCCGAAGCCGAAGCUGUUGGAUGAGUUCGGACACUACCCUCAAUGGAUGAAUCAAAGACAAGUCAAAAAGCAACAAAACAAACGCAAAGUCAAGAGACUUAAGUCUAAACGUAAAUAAAUGUCUAUUUGUUGUGUAUUUUCUUAUUAUUUGAGGUUUGAUUUAAUAAACUUUCAAUUGGUUUAACCGUAAAUGCUAUCAAGUUUAUAAUGUUUGUGACACUUAAUCCAUGCAGUUAUUGUCUGAGUAAGCAAACAAGUGAC